AAUCAACACACAAAUGGAUAAAGAUUUAGAUAAGGCACCAGCUCAAAAGCUGAAAAAGCUAGUAGUACACUUCACUGCACAAAGUAGAGAUAAUCUUCUCCAUCUCGUCGCCUACUUUAAUGGUGCGCGAACCGUGUCGAGUCGCCUCGCCGUCGCCGCCACUCCACAACUAUUCGUCCGAGCAACCGAGCAAGCAAGCAGCAGCUAGCUCGCCGAUCAUGGCGGCGGCGAUGGCGCGGCGGCAGCAGGCGCACUUCCUCAUCGUCACGUACCCGUCGCAGGGCCACGUCACGCCGGCGCGCCACCUCGCGCGCCGGCUCGUCCACGGCGCCGGCGUGCGCGCCACCGUCUGCGUCCCCGUCUCCGCGUUCCGCAAGAUGUUCCCCGCGGACGACGGCGAGGUGGUGGUGGAGGAGGAGGGUGGUGCGGUGGCGUACGCGGCGUACUCCGACGGCUACGACGGCGGGUUCGACCGGGCGGUGGACGACCACACGCGGUACAUGGCGCAGCUGAGCACGGUGGGCGCGCGCACGGUGGCCGGCGUGCUCCGGCGGCUGCGCGGCGAGGGGAGGCCCGUCACGUGCGCCGUGUACACGCUGCUCCUGCCGUGGGUGGCCGGCGUCGCGCGCGACCACGGCGUGGGCGCCGUCGCCGUGUUCUGGAUCCAGCCGACCACCGCGCUCGCCGCGUACUACCACUACUUCCGCGGCGGGCGCGACGCCGUCGUGGCGGCGGCCGCGUCGGGGGACGCGUCCGCCGAGGUGAACCUCCUCCCGGGGCUCCCGCCGCUGCGCGUCCGCGACAUCCCGUCCUUCCUCGCCAUCACCUCCGACGACGACCCCUUCGCCUUCGUGCUCUCCGAGUUCGCCGAGCUCAUCGACACGCUCGAACGCGGUGGCGGCGGCGGUGGCGAGCUCCCGACGUACGUCCUCGCCAACACGUUCGACGCCAUGGAGCGCGACGCGCUCGCGUCGCUCAGGCCACACAUCGACGUCGUCGCCGUCGGCCCGGUGCUCUCCUUCCUGCACGACGCCGACGAAACCAAGACCGCCUCGUCUCCCAACGACCUGUUCGACCACGACGGCGGCGGCUACCUCGACUGGCUCGGCACAAAGCCGGCCAGGUCGGUGGUGUACAUCUCGUUCGGGAGCUCGUCGGUGAUGAGCAAGAACCAGGUCGCCGAGAUCGCCGCCGCCAUGGCGGAGUCCAAGAAACCAUUCCUGUGGGUGAUACGCAAGGACAACUGCAAGGACGACGACGACGACAACGAGGCCAUCAAGAAGCUCGUCGCGGCGGCGGCGGCGGCGGACACGGGCGGCGGCGGGAUGGCGGUGGAGUGGUGCGACCAGGCGCGCGUGCUGUCCCACGCGUCGGUGGGGUGCUUCGUGACGCACUGCGGGUGGAACUCGACGGUGGAGGCGGUGGCGUGCGGGGUGCCGGUGGUGGCGGCGCCGCAGUACUCCGACCAGGGCACCAGCGCGUGGGUGGUGGAGCGGAUCGGGGUCGGCGUCCGCGCCGCCGCGCGCGCGGGGGACGGCGUCGUGGAGGCGGCGGAGCUGGGGAGGUGCGUGGGCGCCGCCAUGUCGGAGGCCGUGGCGGGGCGCGCCGCGGCGUGGAGGGAGGAGGCGCGCGCCGCCGUGGCACGCGGCGGCGCGUCGGAGAGGAACCUGAGUGAGUUUGUGAGACGAUUUGUUCCCAAAUAAUUAAUUCCAAUUUUGUACUCUACUAGCUUGGAUAGAAUAAUUGGUAUACCAAUAAUGAAGAGAUUAUUACUAUAUUGUAAUUAAUUAAGUGUGUACUCCGUAUUAUUGGAGCACAUGGUUUUUGCACUACAAAUUAAUACUAAAAUAAAAUGCAUGAUAUUUGGAAUAAA